AUGUUUUGGUUUCCCAACGUGGAGGCAUUUACAGGCUUAGAUUUGUUUGCUUACGUAGGUCCCCACGGCAUUAGAGCCACCUCAGUGGCUGUCACUUGUGAGAUAUUAGCAAAGCGCAGGGUCAGCACGGGCACCCCUAGAUUCCCCACCCGAAAUCUGCGGUGUGGGCACAACUCAGAACUCAAGAAGGUGGAAGAAAAUGAGCAGGCGCACAAAGAACGCAGCUCUGGCGUGAACGUUGCUCUCGGCCAAGGCGGGUCCACCGAAGUCACGCCCAUUCGGACACCAGGAAGCUGUGAGCCCUCCCGCCACCCGGCCCUGAAACCCUUAUUGGCUCCGCCUGGCUCUGGAUCCUCCUCUAGACCCACCCACACUGCGCUACGGGCGUUUGAGAACGGUGUACCGGUCCCGCCGGAAGUACUUGCCUGGGCGGAAGCUUCUGAGCCACCAUAUAGCGGAAGUGCCUUUUUUUCCGGCCUCUUUGGUCUCGGUUGCGGAAACAAGAUGACGAAGGGGACGUCAUCGUUUGGAAAGCGUCGCAAUAAGACGCACACGUUGUGCCGCCGCUGUGGCUCGAAGGCCUACCACCUUCAGAAGUCGACCUGUGGCAAAUGUGGCUAUCCUGCCAAGCGAAAGAGAAAGUAUAACUGGAGUGCCAAGGCUAAAAGAAGAAAUACCACUGGGACCGGUCGAAUGAGGCACCUAAAAAUUGUAUACCGCAGAUUCAGGCAUGGAUUCCGUGAAGGAACAACGCCUAAACCCAAGAGGGCAGCUGUUGCAGCAUCCAGUUCAUCUUAAGGAUUUCAAGGAUUAGUCACACAAUAAAUGUUCUGGUUUUAAAAAAU